UUUACAUUGUUACGGCCUACAUUCAAUCCUCUAAUAUCAUCAGCGGCACAUUCCCACACCGUUAUAAAACUUGCGCUCACUUUUGGGGCGUAAUUAUUUUUCGGGGGGAAUGUGGAACGAAUAAUAGUUUCCAUCACGUACAGUCCGGCAGUGAAAGUGGACGGUUGUCUCUCCUCUCGCUCUCUUUAUAACUGACUGACCACAGCUACCGGCUCAUAAAACUGCCACCGCACCGAGCAUAAUUACAGAAUACAACGCCAGAGAGUGUGUGGAUGUGUGUGUAUGCAUUCAUCCACCUUCGAAGUAUAUAUUCGUCCCUAACCGGGCAAAUAAGUGCAGCGCUUGUUGUUUGUUUCAUUCUGUGUGUCCAGUUUGUAUGAGUGACCCCGGCCAGUCAGCCAAGGCGAAUCGAUUUUCCUUUAGGAGCUCUGGACAGUGGAUACAACCGGCACCUGUGAAUACCGAUUCCGCAAUAUGCUGCAUCCGAACGGCAUUGUGGAGUAUAAUCCGUGGAUGGCAGUUUGAUGGUUGACAAGUGAAAGAAUGCUCUGAACGGAUAUCUUCGUGAUCACAGUUUUUCAUGUUUUUCUCGCUGUUGUCGGAUUCUGAUGCUUAAAUUCCAGUCGAUGAUGAAACACGAUUCUGAACAUUCGCCCAUUUCUGCUAAGCCGGACGGUGCGGUCAUGAAUCCCACGUUCCAAGACAGCAUGGAUGGACCGGCAGCGCAUCCGCACACGAACGGUUCUACCUACGGUUCGUAUCAGACUUUGUCCAAUGACAACCCAACCAGAAGCGUAUCAACCAUCUCUCCGGUUUCAAAAGCAGAUGUCCCCACGUCGGGAAAAACCAACCCGGCAUUCGUCCAUGAAUCCUCCGUGGACACCGACUCAGGCGGUGUGCAUGUGUAUCCCGAACGCAAUGGUCAUUACGUGACCAAACCGUCGUCCCGUCCGCACAGCAAAAGCCCUGCUCAUUCCUCCUCCAAUCCUCAGUAUUCGCCCUCGGAAGACCGGGAAGUGCCCGCUUACUAUAUGCCUGUGAAUGCCCAUAGAAAGCUUCUCAGAGGGGAAAUUCUUUACGUUACCAAAGACACCCGCAACAGUGGUGCCAAAUGUUGGAGGCGGACAAUAUGUAUUAGCGGCAUAUGUUUGACUGUGAUUCUUGCGAUUAUACUGGCUAGUCUUGGCGCAACUGGCGUUAUUUUUAAUACAUCGUCUAAGAAGGAGGAGCUUCGGAUGCCGGCAUUGCGUAGUCCGGCGGGACUGGAUGUCGAUGUGCAUGAAGUGCAGGAAGUGGACAAUAUGGACAACAGUGGCCAGCCCAAGAUAGCUGCCGCUGUUAUUCCAAGUGCUGUCAGGGAGCCCAAAGCGGAUGAGGCGCUGCAAGAGUGGCGACGACAACAUCCGUUCGAGCUAUCCGCCGACAAUGGCUCCGUACAGAGCACGCGCCGCCCAUCGGCUGGCGGUGUCACACUCGCUGGGCUGGAAGCGGUCAGUCUCCCGUCCGAUGGAGUGCCUGAAGCCAUUGAAGGGGAACUACGCAUCAUGAACAUGGACUUCCAAGCGGCACUGGCUGACAGUAAAUCCUGGAUAUUUCAGUACACAUCCAACGACCUAACUGUUUACAUGAACGAAUUGUUUGCCAAAGCACUGAAUGGAGCGAAUUACAAUGCUACGAGAAUUAUGAGCUUGCGGUCAGGAAGUGUGAUAGCAAAGUAUCAGUCCUUAUGGAAUCAAGCACCGCAAAACUGGGAUGUUAGUGUUAUUGCCAUUUUAAACAAUCAUUUGGAUCUCAACAAUAACUUCAUAGGAAAUUAUCUUAUUGAUCGGAACAGUUUAUCGGCAAAAAGUAUUUUUUACACAUGUCGAGUGGAUAAUGGCGGUUGUUCACAUUUGUGCGAAUUUGACCUACUGGAAAUGCGACAGUAUUGUUUGUGCCCGGAUAAUAAAACUUUCAAACUAAUUAACGGAACCACAUGCGUGCGGAUCACUGGAGUUGUGGAGCAAGAAGCGGGAACUACAAAAGCGCCGAAUAUGGAAUCAGCCACAGCAACGUCUGGUUUAGAGACUCUACCGACGGAACGUAGUACUCACUUAAUAACUAAAACAUCCGUUACCGAACCAGAGACCUCCGGCACAAGAUCUUCGACUGCUACAACGGUAAACAUCCCUUUCGCAUCGUCUUCUUCCGGACAGGAACACACCGCAACAACCACAACACUGGUUUCUACUAGCGCGACAACUUUAACCGGCAUGACCUUUCCGCUUCUCCAGGACCACACAGUCGCCCUCAACAGCACCCCCGGCUUGACCUCGCUAUUGCCCGCACUGUCAUCCGAAUCAGCGUCAGUUACUGUAACAACGGAAUCUGUACACACCAACACUUUUCCGCAACCUACGGCGACUGCAACGACGGAAUUGCUUGUCGCCGCGAGCACUUUGGAAAGCGUUCAUACGCCGUCUCCAGCGAUGCCGAUGGGGCAUUUGGACGUGGCGAUUAUCCAUCCCAAUGAAACUGUCCAGGCGGAAUCCACCCAUGUUGUCGUGUCCGCUAAUUCAUCGGCGGCAUUUGUGGCAUUGCCGGUGGAGUCCACUAGGAAUGUGUCGGUGGCAAAUAACACGUUUUUUGGUUUUGUUCCGCUGGACCAAGAAAAUAGUCAGCAUGAGGGAUGGACGAUGCCGCCCAAUACCAGCACCACUGCAGAUGAUGGAUCGGACAUUCAUCAUGAAUCCAUCCUGGCCGUGUCGACAACAGCUGCCGUUGCGACAACUGUACCCACCAUUCCAGAUACCUCACCAAUGACCUUUGCCACUACGGCAGCAUCCCAGCCAUUAUUAACGGUGACCACAACCGUUCCUCUCAUUUUGACGACUGCUCCAGUUACUCCGCCACCCGUUGCUUCUGUCGCCAUCGCAGUUGCGCAGUGUUAUAGCGACGAAUUUCUCUGCCGUAAGGAGAACCGUUGUGUUCCGCACUUGGUGGUGUGUAACGGUGUGCCGGAGUGCCAGGAUGGCACCGAUGAGGCCAACUGCACCGACUGCCAUCCCAACUUCCGGUGCUUGUCCGGAGCAUGUGUACCCAUUGGGCUUGUGUGCGAUGGUAUGGAAGACUGCAGUGAUGGAUCUGAUGAGCUUGGCUGCACACAAAGCGUCUGCCAAAAGUCGGGAAUGUUCCAGUGUAUUACGGGAUACUGUCUGGAAAACGCUAACCGCUGCGAUGGAGCAGGCGACUGCUAUUCCAUGGGCUUGCCGGUUGACGAGUUAAACUGCAUUGGAACGGAUGCUAAUCACACUUGCAGUGGUCCCAAUCAGUUUACCUGCCAACAGAGCCGACGUUGUAUUCCACUGCACUGGAGGUGUAAUGGGCGAAUUGACUGUUUGAAUCAAGAAGACGAAGUUAACUGCCAGUGUGAUGUCGGAAAAAUUUCUUGUGCUGGCGGUGGCGGUUGCAUUGAUGCGAGGUUGCGCUGCAAUGGAGUGGUGGACUGUCCAGAUGGAUACAGCGACGAAACAGACUGCUUCCAGCUACAAAAUUCUGGAUUAGUGCAAGCCCGAAUGUUGGAUACCGAAUGGCACAAUCUCUGCACGGACGGAUGGAACCAGCGAGCGGCCAAUAACAUUUGCCAAAAGCUUGGAUACCGACCGGCCAUGUCAGUGUUCACCGUUCCUGCUCCAGCCACCGAUACCGGCAACAUUUUCUGGCUGAAACCGGACUUCAAUGCGACGCAGACCUUGCUGCAGCAGCUGCACAUCACCACGCCCAACACCUGCCUCGAUCCUAAUUCCCGAGCCGGGAUCACUUGUGAACGCUUCCGGUGCCAAAUCGCCAAUGACCCCGGUGUCGGCAAUCAGGUCAAACUGCAAUCAGCUAUCGUGAAGAUUAUGUUCGAAGGCGAUGCCUUCACGGUCUGCAAUGGAUACCUGGUGGCACCCAUGUGGAUUCUGACUUCCGCUAGCUGUUUGCAAAAUAGACCGGCCAGUACGAUAAAGUUGACCUUUUAUACCAAUACUUUCCACACCAACGUGACUGCGGUGCAUCUUCAUCCCAAUCAUUUGACGGUGCGCAUGCUGCACAAUUACGAUUUUGCUCUAUUAAAAGUGGCUGGCGUAGUCCCGGCCAAUUUUGUUCCCGUUUGUCUGCCGUCCAAUUCCAACCCGUCCUUGUGCAAACUGGCGAAAUUGUACGAUAACAGUACCGUGGUGGCAUCGCAGCUGCAACGCGUGGCCGAAAUGGACUGCAAUUCGAAGCGGAAUUAUGCCGGAUUGGUCAGUGGAAGUAUGGAGUGUUGGCGCAGCUCACUGCCCAUGUGUGAUGAGGACGCCGUGUCGCCGAUGAUUUGUCAGAGCAUCUUAGGUGCAUGGGAAAUCCGCGGCUUCCUCAGCUACCAACACCACUGCGGCUACUUCACCCCCAAACCCCUGGUCUUCGCCAAUUUGACCUACGCCGUCGACUGGAUCCGAGAUCUCAUCGGACCAGCGCUGUCCAACGUGCCGCGCACCGAUGAAUCUGUCUUUUAUCCCUACAUGGAACCAGUUGCCGCCGACUCUCACGUUAUCUUCACUACAACCGCGCACGAGCUGCACACUACCAUCACGCCGCCGAUAACGACUGUGACGACGACAGUGACCUCGCGGAAGACUGUGCAUUAUGAUCUGGAUGAGGUGACAGCGGAGUACGGGAAUGACACGUACAAUAUUACCACGUCGGCACCGGUAGAACUGUCGAAUAGCACGACAGCGGGAUUCGCCGCGGUAUUGUUCAAUGUCUUCGGAAAUAUCACCGGUGUGCCGGUGAAUACGACUGUGGCCACAAUGCUCGUACCGGACACGACGACAUCACCAUCGCCAUUCAAACUGCAGUGUCCUGAUGGAACACCGCUUCUGACCGAAUAUUUAUGCGACGGAAUCUUCCAGUGCAGCGACGGUUGGGACGAGAAGCCGGACAUUUGCCUGAACAUCAGCUGCCCGGCGGCGUCGCACAUCCGCUGCACCAACGGCCGCUGCGUGGACAGCCGCACCGUGUGCGAUGCGCGCGCCCAGUGUCCGGCCGGCGCCAGCGAUGAAGUAGGCUGUAAAGAUUGCAACAUGAACACCCACUUCAAGUGUCUGGGAGACCGCUGCAUCCCGCUCUCGUGGAUGUGUGACGGCGAGAAGGACUGCCAGUACGGUGACGACGAAUCCAACCAGAGGUGCCAAGUGUGCGCCAACGCCACCAAUCAGUUCCACUGUACAUACGGUGGAGGGUGUGUCCCGUGGGAAAAGGUGUGCGAUGGGGCGUUCGAUUGUCCGGAUUUCUCCGAUGAGAGUCAGUGCGCCCGUGUCAACGGGACGAUGGGCGGUGUGGUGGAGAUGCGGGCCCGUGGAUCGGAGUGGAUGGCGGUGUGUGACAGUGGGACGACGGAGCGGAAUGAUCAAUGGGGCGUUGGAUUGUGUCAUGAUUUGGGUUUUGAUUACGCCAAUCGAACGAAGGCGAUCGGGGUGGGGAAGCGGCCGGGGUUUGUCAUCGGACGGGAUGCGACGACGGCCAACGUCAAUUUGUAUUUAGCUGCUAAGAAUGUCACAACGGAGUGCAACGGAUCGCUGGCUUUGUCUGUAAAUUGCGGGUUUCAGAAACGCGGCAACUGGCAGUUCGAUCUGACGGACCUCGACCCAUCUGUGGCAUACAAAGCCGCGCCCAACGAGUACCGCCACAUUGUCCUCUUGGUGUACUUGAAGGGUGACCUGGAAGAUUGCGUCGGCGUUAUAUUGAAUUCGCGCUGGAUUCUGACUUCCUACGAAUGCAUCUCUCAAGCGGAUCCCACGAUGACGCCAGUGGACUGGGCGCUCUUUUCCAAUCCCAACUCCAUGGAUCAGGGCUCCUUCCACUUGAUUCGACGGUUCGUCGCCCAUCCCAGUGUCAAGUUUAAUAUCUACUUUUCCAAACAUGAUCUGGUGUUGGUGGAAGCCAUGGAAAGCCUAAAAAUGGGUUCUAGUUCGGAGGAUAAUGCGGCUGUGUGGACGCCGAGAAGUCCAGUCCCGCUCAACGCGUCGUGUGUAUCCUAUGGAUACUUGUACUCAAUAACGGAAAUUCCUGGCACACGGAUGAGUAGACGGUCGGAAGGACAGCUAUAUUUCUGGAAGACUCCGCUGAUAUCCCCGGAGCAGUGCAAUCAGGCUAGCAAUUACAACGGAAUGAUCACCGACUCUAUGCUGUGUGGCGGUUUCCGCAACACCACGCACAGAAGUCCCUGCAUGGGUCGAGUGGAUGGCGCGCCGGUAAUUUGUCGGAAUGCCAAUCAGUUGUGGGAAGUGGUGGGCAUCCGCAGUUUCCAGCCGGUGUGUGAUUCUCUCUGGAUGGCCCCCUCGGUGUACACGGACAUUUACCAGCACCGGAAAUGGAUCGGUGAUGUAAUCGGUCCUUAUCUGACCAUGAGCCAAAUGACCACGACCGAAUAGUUUUGUUAGCAUAAUGUGCAAAAUGCUCAUCCGCUGUUUCGUGUUUGUAAAUUUUAAGCAAGUUGUUUGAUUAAAGUGUGAAAAAUUGUAUUUUUACUUCAGUACAGCCACAGUCAAUUACAGUAUACAAAGAAUUCAGUCCAUUCACAAACAUCGGAGAUAAGUUCUUUUAGAAGAAAUCUGAUACCUCAAAUGGAGUAGACUGGGCGUAAUACAGAUAAAAGUGGAUUUAGAAAAUGAACAUCAAUACGAAGCCUACCAAUCAGUCUUAUAUCAUCAGUAUACUGAACCGAGAUUCGCAGAACAUUGCGAUAAUUAAACACUAAACGCAGAGCAGUUGAAGCAUCU